UUAGAUCAGAAGAUGAAGUCUUGCCAACAAAAGGCCAUGGAGACGCUGCUUCACGGACAUGGGUGUGCUAACCAGCUCAAGCUCAUCAUGGACCAAGCCCAAUCAGACACGUCAAUGGAAAGGGAGGAUCUGGCCAAGUCCGUCCUCCAUUGUUUCUCGGAUGCUCUCUCCAUCUUGAUCGAUACUAAUGAUCAUCAUCAUCACCAAGACGAUCAAUCCAAUAACUCAUCUCCCCAGGACUCUUCUCCUGUUCUUGAGAGCGGCAGGAAGUCGCUUAACAAGAGGGGAAGAAAGACAUCAAUGGCAGAGAGCUCAGACUACCGUAGACACGAAUCCCCAAACCCGAUCUACCACGACGGCUUUCUCUGGAGGAAAUACGGACAAAAGCAGAUCAAGGAAUCUGGUCACCAAAGGUAUAUACACAUCCACAUUCUCGCAUACACAUAUAUACUACUUGGUGGUUUUCAGUUGAUUAAAAAAAAAAAGAGUAUAUAUGAUGAAAAUGGCAGGAGUUACUACAAGUGUGCGUACACAAAGGACCAGAACUGUGAAGCAAAAAAGCAGGUGCAGAUGAUCCAACACAACCCUCCGUUGUACUCAACCACUUACUUCGGCCACCACACAUGCCAGCUUCAUCAAGCCUAUGCAACUUUCCCCAUUGACGAAUCUGAUCCACAAGAUUCCCACAUGAUCCGAUUUGAUCACCCAAACUCCUCCACCCAUUAACAUCAACAUCAACAUCAACAUCAGCAUCAGCAUCAGAAUCAGAUUCAUCUCAAAGAUGAUUACAUGAUGUCACCUCAUGAGAAACCAGAAGAGUGGUCGUCUCCAUCUCAGUGGAUGUCCUCCGAGGUUGCCCUCGCGGUCGAGGCUUUCGGGUUUAACCCUUUUCAUACAUCAAGUGACUUAUCAUGACCAUAUAUAUAUCAUUCCCCAUACUUUUUGUUUUGAGUCAAUAUUAUAUAACCAGAUUAAAUAUUACAAAUGAGUGCUGGACUGUUGCCAAGCUUUCUUUUGUUUACCAUCACGGAUUCACGGGGCCAUCAAAAGUG